GUCGCCCCGCCUCCGCCUUCACGCUCGUCCACCGCCGCGCUCGUCAGCCGCCGAGAUUGUCCGCUGUCGCGCUUGUCCGUCACCGAGAUCGUAUGUUGCCGAGAUCGUCCGCCUCCGUCCUGUCGCGUCGAGCGCAGGCGAGCGCCUCCUCUCCCCGCUCCUUUGUCGCCUCCGCCUCCGUCCUGUUGCGCCGUGCCGCCGUUCCCAGAGAUUCAACAGAGCAGGCGAGCGCCUCCUCUCCCCGCCUUCAUCGCCUCCGCCUCCUUCCAGUCGACAGGUUCGUGCCGACCUCCAUUCCCCUGGCGACUGCUGCUUACUUCUUCCUCUUUAAAAUGGAGAGAUGUUUACGCGAGAAAAGGAAAGAGAGAUUGGGCAGAUCUAAAAUGGAGAAAAGUAAGGAGAGAGAAGUAGUUGUUGUGAGGGAGAAGGGGAAAUGGUUUUGUUCCGUGGGUUUUUUUUAUUUUUUUUAUUAAUUAAACGCCAACGCUUUGUAAAGAAAAGGUAGGUUUUUUGGUAGGCGGCUAAUCGAAAUCGACCGGUUAGUUGGCCGGCUAACCGUGACUUUCCUCAUGGUCAGUGGGCGACAGUCAUAGGGAGUGGCUCGGUUUAAUCGAUAACUGAAAUUUCAAUUUUCGGUUAAAUCGAAAUCGACCGACUGACACCCCUAAUCGUCAAUUUGGUUAGUCCGAUCCAGUCGAGCAAGUAAUUUAAUAGUGAAUUAUUCUAUCGAUUUAGUUUGAAUAUAUAUGGUAACGGCUGGUAUAUUUCAGGAGUACACUAUACUCCACAAUAAUAGUUCAUAUUAUGAUCUAACAUACAGUGAAAAGCGCAAUUACAAAUCAAAGAGAAAACAAUGUCGUGUGAGCUCCAAACUAGAAACCUUUCUGCGGAUCGACCCGCGUAUGUGGUGUUUGUUUUCCUCAUUGGAUCAGGAUUAAUUUGGGUCAAACUGUGGGUUGACAACCUGUGUAGAAACACAAAGCAAAGCAUUCACAGUUUCACACCCACCACCAUGGAUAAUGUAUAAAUCCUUUGUAUGAGUCAUUUAUACUGAAUGAUAUGUCUGUUAGCCUAAAAAAUGCUCAUAUGAAUGUUUCAAAUGAUUUCAAAUGGUUUCUUUCUCUGAGUUAUUUUCAAAUAACUCAUUGUUAGUUCAAUUUUUAAUUAUGUCAUUUUCUCUUUUUCUUAAACCUACUUUUAUCCUUUCCUUCCUAUUUUUGUGUUUCCUUUACCAUUGCUUUGUCUCCCUCCAAAUUAUUUUUUAUUUCUCCCAAAUUCGUAAGCAACAAAAAGGAUCAUUCAUCUCGUCGUCUCCACUAAUCUCUCUUCACUCCAGCUCUCCAUGUCAUCAAAGUUGCCGCCUUCAAGAAUGGGUUGCAAACUCUCUCCAGGUAUCACAGCUCUCUUCUUCGGUCCUAAGCAACCGAUGCACAUCAACCCAUAUCGAGUUCACCCUCUCGACGAUCAUCUACUCAACGACGCAUCUUUUCAUUCACAACCUCGCUAUUUACGGGGCAUUUGCCGUUAUUCCUUGUAAUUUGAUCAAAUAUAUUUUGAUUCGAUUAUGUUAAGCAUGAAAGAAAAACGAAACAAAAUUGAAUUUAUACUGGAUCAAUUCGAACAAAAUGAACAAAAUAUACUUUUGGUUCGAUUAUGAUCCUCAAUUUUCCUUUACUUCUAGUCUGGCAUAUCUAGAUCUGAUCCAAUAUGGAUUGAAUCAAACAAUUCACACUACUGUUUUGGAGCGGGGUUGCACUUGCAAAAAGGGAUGACAAAAAUAAUCAUACACGUGGAUACCCACCCAAAUCCGACCUACUUGGGUAGUGUAAAACCUGAACAUAAAGGACUUUUAAAGGGUAUGCGUAAAACCCAAAUACGAAUAUCACGGGUAAUGAGUAGACAUUACCUUUUUCACUAUUCAACCCGAACCUGCCCCGAUUAUACAUAUGAAUGUGUAUUUUGUAUAAAUAUGAUCAUUACUUUACUCAAAAUAUUUUAUAUUUAUCAUACAUAUAUAAUAAUUUCGUGAAAUUAUAUUGUUUCUUAACUAAUUUUCUUCCCUCUAACAAUUUCCUAAAAUUAAUCCAAAAUCCAAUCACAUACAAGUAUGCCUUUGAUACUUGAGAGGCUUAGUUAGAAGUUAGAACAUAGAAGUAAUUGUUUUAUUGGGCUUUAGAGAAGAGAAGGUCGUUCAAACAAGUCUAUCCUCCUCAUUUUGUUGGACCGGACCUAUUAAGUUUCACAGAUUAGAGAGAAACCCAGGCCCGAGUCCAGUUACAGCCUUCUGGUCGCUCUGGCCAGCACCCAUAAAUUGUUUGCACCUCC